CACGCGUCGAUCGGCACAUAAGUAAUCACCUCCGUCGCUUUCCUGGUUCACUCACAUUUCCUUCCGCAUUUUCCAAGCAGCUACUCGUAGUAUCUUUCAAUGAUGGUGCUGACGGACAGGCAGCCGCAGCUGGAGAAGAAGCCGGCGCGGGCGAGGGCGCCGCCGCUGAACGGGAAGGCCGUGGCCGUGCUGUGCUUUGCGAGCUUCGCCGUGGGCUUGCUGCUCAGCAGGGCCCGGCCGGUGCCGUUCCUGUCGGUCUCGGCGCCGCUGCAGACGAAGAGCACCUCUGCUCCUGGCUGCGACGACAACCGCAAGCUAGCUGGGGAGAGCCAUCCCAAGGACAUCAUGAACGAGGUGUCCAGGACGCACCACGCGAUUCAGUCCCUAGACAAGGCGGUGUCUUCUAUGGAGAUGGAGCUGGCCGUGGAGCGCGCGAGGAGCGGCGCCGGAGCGGCCGCCUCGUCUAUCAUCAUCAAGGGUCCGCAGAAGGCCUUCGUCGUGGUUGGCAUCAACACGGCCUUCAGCAGCAAGAAGCGCCGCGACUCCCUCCGCGCGACAUGGGUCCCCAAAGGGGAGAAGCUCCGGAGGCUGGAGAAGGAGAAAGGGAUCGUGAUCCGGUUCGUGAUCGGGCGCAGCGGGGCGGCGCAGCUGGACCGGGCCGUGGACGCGGAGGAGGCGGAGCACAAGGACUUCCUGCGGCUGGACCACGUGGAAGGGUACCACGAGCUGUCCUCCAAGACCAGGGUCUACUUCGCCACCGCCGUCGCCACCUGGGACGCCGACUUCUACGUCAAGGUCGACGACGACGUCCACGUCAACCUCGGAAUGCUGACCACCAGGCUGGCCAAGUACAGGGCACGGCCCAGGGUCUACGUCGGCUGCAUGAAGUCCGGACCUGUUCUGUCACAAAAAGGAGUGAGGUACCAUGAGCCGGAGUACUGGAAGUUCGGGGACGUGGGGAACAAGUACUUCCGCCACGCCACGGGCCAGAUCUACGCCGUUUCCAAGGACCUCGCCGCCUACAUCUCCGUCAACCAGCGAAUCCUGCACAGGUUUGCGAACGAGGACGUGUCUCUGGGCGCCUGGCUCAUCGGGCUGGAGGUCGAGCACGUCGACGACCGGAGCAUGUGCUGCGCGACGCCUCCAGAUUGCGAGUGGAAGAAGCGGGCGGGGAACGUGUGCGUGGCGUCCUUCGACUGGUCGUGCAGCGGGGUCUGCAGGUCAGUGGAAAGGAUGAAGCACAUCCAUGAGGCUUGCGGCGAGGGCCAAACGGCGGUCUGGAGCGUCGCGACGUGAUCGAUCCGCAUGCUGUAUCAUCGGUCGGUCGACCGGUUGCGCCGUCAAUCUAGCUAGAGCUUGGUUUGGAAUCCGAUUAUACUUGAAUUGCUGUCGAUCAAUUCGUUGUGAGCUACUGAGAUGUAUGUAUUGCAUGAGCAGCCGGGUCGAUUCGUGCGAAUUGAAAUGAGAAGCGCGCAAGCCGAUUGAGACA